CCCUCCCUCGCUCCUGUCGUCUUUACGUUAGCUAUGCUACACUCUUUACUGUACCCAGCGCGAGCUCCACGCGGGCUACCCGGGAAUAAGCAACUUCCAGCCCGCAGCCCGCCGCCCGCCGCCGCCGCCACCGGAACACCGCGCGCAGAUUACCCAGAGUGCCUCUGCCCUGAGGAGCCUCCAGCCCCGAGGGAGAAGGAGAAGCCCGCGCACUGAUUGGAGGAGGCCGACCAAGCCCCCAGUGAAGCCCCUCCCCCCUCUGAGGAAGCGCACUCGAGAGUCGCUGCUGUCGUGAUGCCCUCUCAUGACGACCACGUCGGUAGCUGACACUGCUAUUGAGCGGGUGACGCCACUGCACAGCCGGUGCUGGGCCGGCCCCGUCAGCCGGUUAUCGCCCUCCCUCUCGCAGGCUGGAACCUUCGACUCCGCCCACCUCCCAGAAUCCACAGCCGGCGGCUCUGAUUCGCCCCAGUGAGAACCUUUCAGAAGCAGACGCGCUGACGUUCUCUGCCAGCACCAGCAGAAGCAGUCGCAGCAGCCAAAAAACACGGUGUCUUCAACGCAAUCAGCAACACCAGCACUAUCGCCACCACCAGCAGCAACCAUCAUGUCCAGUCGUAGGAAGUCCUCCACCCCCUGCAUGGUCCGGGUCGUCAGCGAACCGCCCGAAGAGCAAGAUGACCCUGAGGGGCCGAUGGACGUGGAAGUAUUGGCAGACGGGGAGGCGGCAGAAAAAGAACAAUCAGAAUCAUCAUCUGAAUCUGCAGGAAAGCGCCAAGAUCCACAGGAGGAGAAUUUGGAGAAUCCAGACCGACAAAGGGAAACAAAAACAGUGGCCAACCAGAAUCUCAAGCCAUCAGAACAAGAGGAGCAGUCGAGUGAGAUGGAUCAACCUCCCAUCAUUGAAGAUGAGGAAGCCACUGAGGAGAAGGACGGACAAGACGUCGACUCAAACCCGGCGUCCCGGAGGAAGCAGCCCAGGGGCUACGAGUGCAAGUACUGCCCGUUCUCCACGCAGCACCUGAAUGACUUCAAGGUGCACGUGGACUCCAGUCACCCAAACGUCAUCCUCAAUCCGAUGUACCUGUGCGCCGCCUGCAACUUCAACGCCAAGAAGUUCGACUCGCUCACGGAGCACAACGAGAGCCAGCACCCGGGCGAGACAAACUUCAAGUUCAAGAGGAUAAAGCGGAACAAUCAGACCAUCUUGGAGCAGACAAUUGAAAGCGGGAACAAGUCCGUUGAAUGCGAAGUGAGCAGCAAAGUGGGGGAAGGCAACGCCGGCUACGCGUUUCCGGCUUGCAUAUCGCCCGCGGUGACAACCCAGAACGGCCGGAGGGACGACCUGAUCCAGGUCCAGAAGGAUCAAAUCACAGCGGUGAACAUCAACGGGACAGUCAUCAUCCCCGAACCCACCGUCCUCAAGGGGGUCUCCCACGUCGCCCCGAUGCUAAAGCGCCCACCCAACUUCAACUCUGUACCAAAAAUAGCUGUUCCAUUGAACACCACCAAAUAUAACCCCUCUCUGGACGACAACUCAACGUUGAUCACCUCCUUCAACAAGUUCCCUUACCCAACGCACGCCGAGCUGUCGUGGCUGACGGCCGCCUCCAAGCACCCAGAGGACCAGAUUAAGGUCUGGUUCACCACCCAGCGGCUUAAGCAAGGCAUCACCUGGUCCCCGGAGGAGGUGGAAGAAGCCAGGAAGAAGAUGUUCAACGGCUCCAUCCCUCCUGCACAUCACACGUUCACCACCCUGCCUGCGACGACCUUCUCUCAGCCGUCUGCCAAAUCCUCCCAGCAGACCUUCGUCCACACCACCGUCGGCCACGUGCAGACUGCCAUGUCCAGCGGGUUGAGUGCGGUCGCGGGCACAAACCCUCCUGCCGGAGUCGCGGUUAGCUCCCGCCCUUCUGUUAAGCGGUCGCUGCCGACAUACCUGACCACGGUGUUUGGCCCGGAGUCGAAGCGACCCAUCAUGGCCGUCGCUCCCCAUUCCGGGGACGCUAAAGACAGGGGCCUCAUGGCUCCUCCGCCCCCUCCCCCGCCGAAAGACCGCCUCUCGAUGGCUCCGCCUCCUGUUCCUGUGGAGAUGAAGAGACCUGUAGCAGUUUCUCUGUUCACCACAGAGACAAAGAGGCCAUCCGCUGCCGUGCCUUUAAUGCCACAGUCGUCGUCCCUGCUGUCCAAAGGGAAGGUCCUCUCGACGUUCGGAAACCCCAAAACAAAACCGGUGGUCUCGCUGCCCUCCUUAGUCUUUCCCGAGUCUUUAACCAGGCCACUGAUAGUUCCCCCGCCUAUCUUCGCUCCGCCGUAUAAAAACUCAAUGCUUUUUCCUCUUAAUGCUCCCAUCACUCCCAAAGAGAAGCACCAGAAUUCCCACGCUUUGCCAGCUGCCAAUCAUGAGCUGCCAAACUCCUCGCCGCCCGUCGCCCCAGAAAUAAGGAGGCCGACUAUCAUCCAGUCCAUUCGUGCUCCGGCCAAACCUCCGACCCAGAUUUCAGGGUACCUUUUGGACAGCAGGAAAGAGCAGCAGGGAGGGGAGGGGAAAGCCUGCUACCCCAGAGGGGAUAAGGUCCUCACUCCUCUGGCCGAGGCCAACGGAACAUCUCGCACGGACGGCAAAUGGCCCCACGAUCAAACCCCACUUGCUCACAACAAUGGGGUCCAACACUUUGAUGGGUUGCUAGCGGCGCUGAAACCGGACUUUCAUCAAAAGUCCUCGGUGCUGACCCAGUUCCCCUUGCUAGAGAGGAUGAAAGGAAAGACGGCAGAACAGCUGAAGGUCCUGGAGGAGAACUUCCUGAGCAACAGCUUCCCUACGCUCAGCGACGUGGACAAUCUGGCGGGCACCACCCGGCUGUCACACCAGGAAAUCGACAGCUGGUUCGUGGAGCGCCGAGCGCUACGCGACAACCUGGAACAAGCCCUUCUCAACUCCAUGGGGCACCGAGGGAUGGGCGCGGGCAUCACCAAGAAAAAACUACACCAGCAGCACCAAACUCUCCAGUUGAACGGGAUUCACAAGGCAAGCGCUGGGGUGGGCCAUCUCAAAAGCCCUCUUCUACCUGUUUCCGCCCCGCCCAUCAAUACCCCCCCUGUCCCCAGUCUGAAUGCCUGCUCGGUUCCUCCAGACGGCCGAUCCCUGGCGCUCCUCGUGGGUGAUUUUGCUCAAACCCGGUGGCCUUCCCCUGAGGAGUUCAGCCAGCUGGACGGUCGGACGGGACGCGCCGAAUUGGCCCGCUGGUUCAACGACGGCCGGCUGCAGAGUGGCGGCCCGGAGCUGUCAGAACUUUUUCACAACAACGGAGUGAACGGAGGACAGGGACCCAAGAGCGCCUCCAUCGGCGUCCUCCAGCGCUGUCAGGAAGGACCCUUGGCCAACAACAGCAGCAGCAGGAAGGUGCUGCAGGUGGAGCUGGGCUGGCUCAGCAGUCAACAACGGGAUGAACUCCAAGACCGGCUGGCUGGCAGGCUGAGACAGGAGACCUCGGUGGAGCUGAAGAGCGGGGGACAGAAUGGGGGAGUGCGGGAGGUGUUCGGCAGCUGGCUGGAGGAGGGACACUCGAGGAGAGAGAGGAAGAUGACUGGAUGAACGGUGAGGGGGAGAUUCGCCGCCGUCACGGCCGCUCUGGGGAGGAAACGGGCCGCGCUUCUUUUUCCAUCUUUCAGAAAGUGACAUUUUUGUUCUUUUAAUCUUUUAUUUUUGAUGCUAUGCUUUGAUUGUCGCAUCCCGGCUCACACACAACAUCGCCCUCGGCGUUCCUCGACCCUGCCCCCCCCCCAGAUACCCGUCCACGGUCACGCUACAAAAGCACGAGUUCAAAGAAAUUAAAAUAGAAAAAGGGGGAAAGGGGCUUUUAUUUUAUCUUGGCGAGUCGCUCACAAGCUGACAGAUGGAGUUUGGAGCAGCGACUCGAGGUCGAUCUGUGAAGAUAAAUGACGCUGCUACAGAACUGGAGCUAAUCCGCAGUUAUACUAUGUACAACACACCGAGUACUACUAUCGAACGCGUACUACACAGAUUCAUCAUUCAACAUUACCCACAAUGCAAUCACAGUUUGGGGGAGUAACGUCCAUCGAGCUGCUACUAGCUGUCACUUAGCGUUCGUUAGCUGGUCGGGGGGG